AUGGCUCUCGUUUUCAGAUUUCCAGCUUAUCAUCCGUGCAAGUGAGUUCCCCACUGUUUCAAUACAAAUCUCAAUGUAGAUCCUUGGUAAAUCUAUUUAUCUAUGCUUAAGUAAUGUAUCUAUCUUCUAACACUUAUGAAUCAUUCAAUAUCGAGGGAAGUGCCAAUAUCCUUAAUUAUUAUUGUCUGUGAGAGUAUUCCUGAAGUUUCGUUGGAAAAGCCACGGCUACGAAUAGAUAAGAAUAAAAUAUUUCUACCUGUUUAGACACUUAAGAGAUGCGCGAGUGUUUUUUUUUUCCGACUAUCAUAUUAAAAAUUUUGAUUUCUUCCGUGUUGCAGUUACUACAACCGCGUGCCUGGAGGGCUCGACUUUUUCCACGAUCUGUGGAGAGAGAUCGCAUUGGCAUAUGAACAAGAAGUCGGCAACCCUUACUGCCGUAAAAGACAGCAACAGUCUCACAAGGGAGCAGUCAAGAUCGCUUCUGUCCCACUAAACCAGUUCAAACCGGAAGAAAUCACACUUGAAGUUGAUAGCGACAAGGUGACCUUACAUGGGCAGCAUCACUCAGAGAGAGAAGAUGGAUUUGACACAAGCGAGUUCAAGAGAGUCUUUAAACUACCACAAGAUAUCGAUCCAACUACCGUGACGUCACGCACUACCCGAGAUGGCGGCGCCCUCGUCAUUGAGGGCUCAAAACGGCUAGAAGAGAAGGAGGAUGACGGGAAGUUUGAAAUUAAGCUGGAUGUCAGUGGCUUUAAGCCAGAGGAGAUCAAGGUACAGAUCCGUGGAAACGAGUUAAGUGUUAGUGGGAAACACAAAUCGGAAGAUGGCGAGGUUUACCGGUCACGUGAUUACAGCCGCCGCAUUGUGCUGCCUGAUGACAUAGUUCUUGCUUCGGUGUCGUCGCGAUUCUCAAAGGAAGGCCUCCUGACGAUUGAGGCAUCACGUGACCCUGCUUUGUUGCCAAGCGAGAGAGCCGUAGACAUUACCAUGGAGACAGAUGAACCAGAGGAUGAGCCAAAGCCCUCCACCAGCGGUGAAAUAGCAGAAACUGUGGAGUAAUUUCAUCUUUUAAGAACGACAAGACCAAAAUGUACCAAUCGUAUUUGAUCAAUUUUAUUGCCGCUAAUUAUUUCAUGUAAGGAAAACUAAGCCCUUAACUAGUACUGAAAUAGCAGAAACUUAAAAAGCGCGUCUUUGAUGUAAGACAAAAGUAGCAACGUAACAGAUGAGAGAUAUGAGGAUCUUUGUUCUGUUCAAUGAAAAAUAUAGUCAAAACUGACAAAGUUAUAUUAUGAUUAAGUUGUCAACUAAAAUGUUUAUGAUUAUAAUUGAAUUGAAGCAAAAACGUUCAUAUUCAAAUAUUAUUAUAUCAUUUUUGUAACCUUUAUCGGGAGUAAUAGACUCUGAGCUUAUUAUUUCUUUUAGUCGAAAAUAAUGGUUAUCUUUUCCUGUUUCAAUUCUAAACUAUCUCUUUAUACAUGGUAUGAUAUUGGUGCUGUCGUUUAAAUUAAGCCCUCGACAAAAUUGAAGUGAAUUAAUUCAAUAAAUUUUUAAAACCAUCAUUGUAUUUCUGUUUUUGAGUUUAUUGCUACAAAACUAGAAAGAAAACCUUUCUUUGAAUUUGCUUAAGUUGUUUAUAGGCGACCCAGAUUGUUUCUCAAACUGAAAUAUAAUGAAAACGGGGCGCGCAGUUGAGAUAGAUGAAGAAUUACUUUCAAACGAAACCUCGUGUAUUAGUUUUUGUUCUUAACCUAAUAACAUAGGGGGAAAAAUUACUGAAUUCUGAUUAGUCAGUAACGAAGAGGGUAUUUUUUUCUUAAUUUUGCUUGUGAAGAGGGCAAAAUUACUUCCUGCCGAUUGGUCCUCAGGUUGCCUAGCAACAGCUUAUGCUUCGAGUAGUUGUUGCCAAAAAGUUGAAACGAGGUUAAGCGACAAAUCGCGAUUGAUUCUCAUCUAUUUUAAUGGUGUUUAAUCCAAACGAAACGCAAAAUUUCACAAUAACCUUUGUAUCGCUUUUUACCCUGCAUAGAAUCAUUUCAGAAACUUCAUUCAAUGUGAAAUUUGAUAAAGAGAGAAUUUCUUUGAAUCAGCGAUACCGGUCAUCCCUUAAAACUGUCAAAGACAAUAAGGGUUGGACUAACAAUACAAUAAUGAAAUGGAAAUUGGAGAAACUUAAACAAAUUUCUUUAAACAAUACUGGAUAUUAAACGACAAACAACUCAUAUCUGGCAUUUACUAAGUUUAUUUUUGUUUGUCACGUACUCGUACUUCUCGAAGAUCUUACGUCGAGGAUUGUUUUAGUCAGUCAAAACCAGUUAAGCCGCGCGGUCUCUUGAGUUUCUUGAGCAUGGAGGCAGAAGAUUUGAACCGUACUUAAGGCUGGUUUCUCCCUGCCGUGGCGAUUUCUAGCAAUACCCUAGUCAUCUAUCUGAUUGUAGCAAAACAACGUCUUUGCAAGAAACUGUACUGGUUAAUUUUGUCUCUGACAACCGUCGAUUUUUUUGUUAGGUUUACGCACAUAUUAUUUUAGUUAUUAUGGGUUUUUUACAAGAAAAGAUCGCUGUUGAAAGUGUAAUUUGCAUUUUCGCCAUUUUGCCUUCAUGAGGUUGUUGUUGAUUUUGGAAUGACUUCAGCUUUUCCCAGCACUUUUUUCGGGCACAUUAAUGUUAAUUUUAUAAUUUUGGGUCUCUUUACUUCUUUCAGUUUCCAGAAUCAACUCGCUCUUUCCAGUGAAAAUUAAAAAUAUGCUCAUUUUCGUCCAGUCACUUUGUGUCAGGAUAAAUUCGUCUUCCGUCAUAAUUACGAAGUACUGACAAAGACAAUAAUAAUAUAAAUCGAAUAAUAAUACCAUAACGAAGUGGAAAUUGGAGAAACUUAGGCAAGUUACUUUAAACAAUGCUGAAAAUUAGACGACAAACAACUUAUAUCUGCCAUUUAUUGAGUUUAUUUUUGUUUGUCCCGUACUCGUACUUCUCGAGUCGAGGUUUGUUUUAACCAGUCAAAAUCAAUUAAGCCGCGCGGUCUCUUGAGUUUCCUGAGCAUGGAAGCAAAAGAUUUAAACAAGAGUUUUGGCUGGUUUCUCCCUGCCGUGGCUAUUUCUAGCAAUGCCCUUGUCCUCUAUCUGAUUGUAGCAAAAAACCGUACUGGUUUAUUUUGUCUCUGACAACCGCCGAUUUUUUUGUUAGGUUUACGUACAUAUUAUUUUCUUUGUUAUCGACUUUUUACAAGAAAAGAUCGCUGUUGGACGUGCAAUUCCGUGUCCACCACUUUGUGUUCACGAGGUUGUUGUUGAUUUGGAAAUGACUUCAGGUGUUCCCAGCAUCUUUUUCGGGCAUAAUAAAAUGUUAAUAUAACAAUUUUAGGUCUUGUUACGUCUUUACGUCUUUCAGUUUCCACAAUCAACUCGCUCUUUUCAGUUAAAAUUAAAAAUAUGCUCAUUUUCGUCCAGUCACAUUGUAUCAGGAUAAAUUCGUCUUCCGUCAUAAUUACGAAGUACUGACAAAGAGUUUAAAUUCAGUGGACAUAGAUCGUCCAAAGCAUAUAAAAGGAAAGCUUUGUGGAGCGAUCAACAAUUUACAAAACUUCCAGAAGUCCUAGAAGAAACAAGAAGUCAAGUAUCUACAGAAGAAGUUCAAAAAUAAGACAGCAUGGCUUUUCCUUUCCCAUUUCCGACCUAUCAACAAUGCAAGUAAGUUUUUAAAAAAAUCCAUACAUAGAUAUAUUUGAUAAUGCAAGAGGAAAUCAAGGAAAAAGUGACCGCUUUCACUGUGGUAUAAAUUUUCGCAAGGGAUUAGCUUAGGUGGAAUUUAUAUUAUAACGGACUUUAAUCUUUCCAUAGAGUUAUGUUCGAUUUUCCGGGUAGAGUACUUUCGGUAAGAGUACAAUUUGACCCAUGCACGCCUUACAGUAAAUCUUUGAUUAUCGUCUAUUUCUUAAACUGUACUGCAUCCAUGUAAAAUGUGAAUACAAUUUCAUGAAACUUGGUACACAUUCACUGUUGUGAGGCGGGGGUACCGAUCUCGUCAAAUACACCUUUUAUAAACAAAUUAACGCGUCAAGUAUAUUAAAGGAAAACUUCAAAUCUCUCUUCUUGUGUACAAGGUGUCAUGAAAUCCUGAGGUUUUUACCAAAAAAGACAUACAUUUCAGGAGGGUAACCACGCCUCACGCUGGUUUAUAACUUCACGAAUCGCGCUCGCCUUUCUGUAAAAUUCACGCGUCACAUAUCAAUAUUCUGACCUUAAUCACAUGUCACCUAUGAAUCCUUUGCCAUCCUCACGUAAGUAUUUCAGCGUGUUUGAAGACUUAUUCCUUUCUUUAUCUUACAGUUACAGUAAUCGAGAGCCUGGAUGGUUCGACUUUUUCCACGAGCUAUGGAGAGAGAUGGCUUUGGCAUAUGAACAAGAAGUCGGCUACUGGGUGCAGGAACAGUCUAACGAGGGAACGGUGAAGAUUGCGUCUCUUCUACUGAGGCACUACAAACCUGAAAACAUCGCACUUGAAGUUGAGAGCGGCAAGGUAACCCUACAUGGAAAGCAACGUUUAGAGAGAGAAAAUGGAUUCAACACAUGCGAGUUCAAGAGGGUCUUUCCACUUCCGCAAAAUGUCGAUCCAACUACUGUCACGUCACGCACUACUCAAGAUGGCAGCGUCCUCAUCAUAGAGGGCUUAAAGCACGUGGAAGAGAAAGAGGAUGACGGAAAAUUUGAGACCAAGUUGGAUGUCAGUGGCUUUAAGCCAGAAGAGAUAAAGAUUCAGCUGCAUGGAAAAGAGUUAAUUGUCUGUGGAAAACGCACAUUAGAAGAUGGUAGGGCCAAUCGGUCACGUGGCUUCAGUCACCGUGUUCUGCUGCCUGAAGACGUCGUCGUCAGUUCAGUAAGAUCACGCUUGUCAAAAGAUGGCCUGCUGAUGGUCGAAGCAUCACGUGACCCCGCCUUAUUGCCGCGCGAGAGAGCGGUUGAUGUCCUCCUGGAGACAAAUGAAACAGAGGAUGAACCGAAGCCCUCCACCAGAGAUGAACCAGCAGACACCAAAUUAGAGUAGAACGAGUUUGUACGAAAGAGAUGACUAAUUGAUAAAUGAUGGUACAGUUGAUUAAUUCAGGCAAGAAAAGUUAAAUGAAAAUCGUUUUUUAUCAAGGUUAUAAAUGAUGCAAAUAACAUAUCUAGUUUGACUUUACAUAUUUGACAAUUUUUGUUAGAAUUAAAUACUUCAAAGGGAAAAAAAGUGACCUCAAAGUGAUGGGGUUCAGGUUAGGGUCAGUUAAUAAUAAUACCUAAUUACCCUGUUAUUAUUCCCACUGACACGGCACCGCAGAUUCUUUAGAAACUUACCCCUUUACGCAGUUUUAACAGUGCACUUUAUUUUCAUAAAUGUAACUUAUUUUUGGCUGUUUCAAAGUUAUUUUAGGGAAGGAAAUUAUGCAAUAAAUAUUUGAAAACAUUAUAAUUGUUUUCUUGGUCUCAUCCAGAAAGUCCUACUAAAAGUGUAGGGUCUCAGGGCAAAAGAACUUAAAUGUGACAUUCCACUUAAUCUGUUACGGAGACAGGGCAUUAAAUUUAUUUUGCUACUGGAAAGCAAGACUUGCUCAUACUUCAGCAAGUAACCCACUACAAUUUGUUCAAGAAAUGACAGAAAUUUUUGUCUCCCAUAGACUUAGAGAAUGAAGAGGGAAGUCAUUAAGUCAUGACCUUGGACAAAAUAUUUAGCUCCAGUCCUCCCCUAAAUCAUCAGCAUUACUAAAAAAAUCAGAAUGCAUCCACAGAAUUUUAUUGGAAUAUUGAAACCUCUCUGAAACUGUCUUAAACAGACCUCAAGUGGCAGCUGUUGAGGGGAUAAGCUGUCAGCAAAGCAUCUGUAUGAUCCCAGAAGGAUUUAAUCAAUUCAUUCCAAUUCAACAUUUUAUAAAUGCUCAUUUAACAUCUUGUCAUACCUAAAAAAAUUAAAUUAUAGAAAAGAUUACCAUACUCUGUGUGAAACAGAGUUAGCAAAACUCACAUUGAAAUCAAACUUGGCUAUAUUUUUAUUUUUCAUGCUCUUUUGAGUUAUCAACCCUUAGACCCCUUUGAGUGACUAGCCUCUAAAUUCUCCGAAAAUCUCACUCCCCAAAUCACACAUUUAGGUAGCAAGAAUAAAGGAAAUGAUCAUAAACUAAAGCUCUUGAUUGAUAAACAAAUUCCUCUUGCCAGCACCUCAGGAAUUGUACAGAAAACAGUAUAGAGAAUAUGCAUAUUGAUGUUAUGGCCACAGAUAUUGAGUUACCUGCCUUUAAUUUGCAAUUUUACUGAGUGCACAGGUUCAGAUAUUUCAUUGACUUAAAAACCAAAUGUAAUGUAAUUUUGAAAUUUAUCAAAAAGCACCUGACACUCUCAAAAAGUUAGAAAGAAUAUUCCAGUUUAAAUUCUGUGAACAAUUUUGACAAGCAUGCAUUGAAUUAAUCGAACUGACGACUGUCAUUGCUGCCGUGCUUUCUUAAUAAUGAAAUACCACAGCAUCAUAAAUAAACUUAACCUUUUUAAUUAUCUCACCGCCUAAUGUGUAACCCACGCGGCCUGAGAACGUUGUUAUACUAAAUGUUCAUGAUGACCUUGCAAAAUGGCAAAAUUAUUGGCAAAAGAUUCCAUGAGGCGCAGGCGAAAUGUCAGCCACCACUUGACCCACAGGCAUAAGAGUGUCCUCACCAGGAAAAUAUUACUAUCAGGCACACCACAAUGCCCCAAAACCAAAAGCCUUCAUCUCAAUGAAUCCUUCCACGCCGCCGGUAACCUGAAAUAAAGUACGUGGAGCUAAACAGACUCCAAGACAGUGAAGCCACCGACCUUAAUACCUUAUUCGUUGUUUAGGAGGCGCUGUACAAAACUUACUUAUGUUUCUCCAGCCAAAGUUUCUCAAAAGAAAGUUUUAUGCACUUUUUCGCAAAGAAAUUCUUUUGUAAUCGUAGCAUGAUCGACGAAAUAUUCUUGUUACUUGUCCGCCAUAUUGCAAAAUGACGUCAUAUGUCUCCCAGUGUCCAUUUCGCUCCUGCUAAAAAACUUUCUAGAAUUUUCGGGAAAUUUCUACCUUGCGCUUGAGCUGCUGAGUCAGGAUAAAAAGGCAACCAGUCAUUCUUACGAGGCACUGACAAGUCCCCUAAUUUUAGCAAUGAUGGAUUGUUCUAGAAUAAAAGCCACGAGUAUAUAUAGACGCUUUUCGCCGAGUGAUCAACAGUUCUUAAGAAGACUUCAGAGAUCCAAGAAGAAAGAAGUAACUACAAGCUACAGGAAGCAAAAGACAAAUUUCAACAGAGGAAAAAUAUGGCUCUCGUUUUCAGAUUUCCAGCUUAUCAUCCGUGCAAGUGAGUUCCUAACUAUUUCAAUACAAAUCUCAGUGUAGAUCCUUGGUAAAUCUAUUUAUCUAUGCUUGAGUAAUGUACCUAUCUUCUAACACUAAUGAAUCAUUCAAUAUCGAGGGAAGUGCCAAUAUCCUCAAUUAUUAUUGUCUGUGAGAGUAUCCCUGAAGUUUCGUUGGAGAAGCCACGGCGACGAAUAGAUAAGAGUAAAAUAUUUCUACCUGUUUAUACACUUUAAAGAUGCUCCUUUUUUUUCUGCGUAUGUCAUUUUAAAAAUUUUGCUUUUCUUCUUUUUUGCAGUUACUACAAAGGAGUGCCUGGAGGUUUCGACUUUUUCCACAAUCUGUGGAGAGAGAUCGCAUUGGCAUAUGAACAAGAAGUCGGCAACCCUUACUGCCGUAAAAGACAGCAACAGUCCCACAAGGGAGUAGUGAAGAUCGCUUCUGUCCCACUAAACCAGUACAAACCGGAAGACAUCACACUCGAAGUUGAUAGCGACAAGGUGGCCUUACAUGGGCAGCAUCACUCAGAGAGAGAAGAUGGAUUUGACACAAGUGAGUUCAAGAGAGUCUUUAAACUACCACAAGAUAUCGAUCCAACUACCGUGACGUCACGCACUACCCGAGAUGGCGGCGUCCUCGUCAUUGAGGGCUCAAAACGGGUGGAAGAGAAGGAGGAUGACGGGAAAUUUGAAAUUAAGUUGGAUGUCAGUGGCUUUAAGCCAGAGGAGAUCAAGGUACAGAUCCGUGGAAAUGAGUUAAGUGUCAGUGGGAAACACAAAUCGGAAGAUGGCGAGGUUUACCGGUCACGUGAUUAUAGUCGCCGCAUUGUGCUGCCCAAUGACGUAGUUCUUGGUUCGGUGUCGUCACGAUUGUCAAAGGAAGGCCUGCUGACGAUUGAAGCAUCACGUGACCCUGCUUUGUUGCCAAGCGAGAGAGCCGUAGACAUUACCAUGGAGACAGAUGAACCAGAGGAUGAACCAAAGCCCUCGACCAGCGGUGAAACAGCAGAAACUGAAGAGUAA